AUGACCGGAAGUUUAGCGAUCGAUAUCCAGAUCCGGCCUACGACCAAGCUCAUUGUACUACAUGCUGAUAACCUCAUUCUGACAACAUUCAGUAUGAGCGUCAACGCCAAACGAAUGGAAGCUGAAUUCUUUUUCUGUCCGGAAACUUCUCAAUGGGCAUUUGUGAUGGACGACGAGGUGCACGCUGGUGACGUAAUCGACUUGGGUAUCGAAUUUCAGGGAGAAGUGCUGCCAGAUCUACAGGGACUCUACAUAUCUACACAUACUGAUACACGAGGAAGAAAAACG